AUGCGUUGGAUCAGCAAAUUCGAAGAUCUACAGCUGGACAUCGUUGGUAUCAUUGCAGUCUUGGGAGAAGCCUCGGUUACAAGGAACGCCCAAGUCACCAGUUUAUCAUGGUGGUCGUCUAUUCCUCGCCUCCUGCCUGCUCCACAAGCAUUGCUGGAACAUGAACGAAAGUAUCGACUCCCGACUGCUCCAGGUAUCGUGGCAGGUGCACACAGUGGGAACAUCAAGAAGGAAAUCAAUUUCUUCACUCAACUGCUACAUCAACGACCAUUGGACGAUUAUGAAGUCGAGCUCGUCGAGGUCACGCGCAAUAAACAGGUCAAGCGUGCCAGCUUCGGUCCGAAUGUAUAUGGGCCACUGUUCUGGGCUUCCUUGCUAGGUUGUUCGAUGAGCAUAGCUCUCGUUGUACUAUCAGUCAUUUAUCACGAUGGAUUUGCCUUGUUGGCCACCAUUAUGCUGUCUGCUGUGAGCUCCGCAGUCGGAUUUGGCACACGGUGGGAUCUGGUCUUCACUGAACCAAAAAUAAAGGAGGAGCGAGAAAACAAGAUGCCUAGAUCAGAUGUUAUCGUCUACUAUCCCAAUGGCGCCAUUCGUGUCAUCCGGCCAGCGUACGAAGAGAUUGGUCGUUUAUACUUCCAGACAGAGCAUGCGCGUUACAAGAUUGAUGAUACUCCGUAUAGGACCCUCGCUCUAUUCUCGACGAUCAUGCUGAUGGCAGGAGUGGUGUCUCUUGCUAACGCAUCAAACAUUCUCCAGGUGUCCUACGCGGCUGCUUACGUGCUGCUCAAUGCCGUCUACUGGGCUGUUUCGGCGGUGAAUCCAUGUAGCUACCAUUGGCGCCAUGCUUACAAGACCCAAGUACUCGAUAUUGCGCCGCUUCCCGGUCCACACGACAGUGCUCUUGACCACAAAGGCGUUGUCAAAACCUCCCUCAGGCAACUUCGACACGAAUGGCACCGCUUCCAAAAAUCCUGGGGCCUGGUGGCAUCGGCCAAGAUCGCCCGCACGUUUGCAGAUCCAGAUAUAGGAGCAAGAACGUUCACAGCAGCACUAUGGACGGCGAUAGUGUUGACGGGAACCUCACAGUGGCUUAACGAGGCCACCGCGAUUGCUCCAAUCAACGAGGCAUGGAAAUCGUGGAUCCGCGAAGCCGACUCGAAUGUUGAGGCGAUUGAUCUGUAUGAGGGCCGACAUCAACCACAUCGCUCGUCGCGUUUGCCUAGGCGACCGACAGGUACGAAUUGGAGAUUCAGCCGCGCGCAAAACGAUCGAGAUGCUAGGGACAAGCGGCGUAUCAUUAUUCGCGAGAAGAUUCGAGGCUGGAAGUACGACGAGCGAUUGACGAGCAUCCUGGCAGCACAUGCCGAUCUGACUCGGAAACCCUAUCCUGAUGAGACGGACGACACUGUUGAAGCAGUGCCAGAAGAGAAUUCUAUAGCUGCCGAUACGGUUGCAACCUCAACUGUAGUCAGAGAGCAUAGGGAUGUGUCGCACUUGGAGCAACCGGCUGGACGUGGUGCAGGCACGACGUCCUCAACAUCGUUUGCGGGACUGGAGACGGAAGAGAUUCUAAGAGUCUCAUCGGAUGUUGAGAAAGGUAACGACUAA